AGAUCCCCUUUGUCCUCAGUGCCCAGCCAGCGACACUCAUGGCGGCUGCACCCGUCAGACAGCGCUCCGGGCCAGGGGGACCCCGGGCGCAGCUCCCGCCCUGCUACUACGAAGGAUACCUGGAGAAGCGCGGACCGAAAGAAAAGGCAUCCAGACGACUGUGGACCUGUCUCUGCGGGAAUUCUUUGUAUUUCUUCAAUAAUGCCAAGGACACUCAUUAUGUGGAGAAGCUGGACCUGAGUGGAUUUGUGUCCCUCAAGGACGACUGCAGCCGGGACAGAAACCUGGAGGCGGCCAGACUCAUCCUGCGCAUGAAGGACGGGGAAACCAAACUGACAGCACCCAACUUAGAAUCAAGGGAGCUGUGGAAAGGUUUCCUCUACUCUGUCAUCGAUCUCAAUGUACCGUCCUGUCUCACGUUGCUGCCGGGCCAACUGCAGAUGCUGAAGGAGGUGGUGGACAAAGAAAGGUCCAGACGGAGAACUCGUACUCCCACACGCGCUCCUCCUUCACCGCUCUCCGUGCCUUUAGUAGGAGAGAUCCCACCGUGCUUUCGACCAGUGUCCCGAACAGAGGCUGAAGUCCUUCUAGAGAGACACCCAGACUGCGGCAACAUGUUGAUCCGUCCAGGCAGAGAUGGAUGCUCGCUAGCUGUUACUACUCGCCAAGACCUCAAUGGGUCGGUGUUCAGACAUUACCGCGUGACCCAGAGGGACCAAGGUGGUUAUGUCAUUGAUGUAGAAAAUCCUAUUCCCUGUGCUACACUCCAUGAGGUCAUCGAUGCCCUGGUAGAGAAGACGGCAGGUACUCUACAACCUUUCCUACUCGAGGAGCCGUAUGAGGAGAAUAUCACAUAUGUUUCCGCCAAUGAUGAAAAUGGAGAAAGGAUCCUCCACACUGCCCCUUCCAGCCCCCUGCCAAAGGCUCCUGCCCUGCCUCCAAAACAAGAUCGUUGGUCCAGCAGUCCCCUGUCCAGGUCGCCCGCCUCAGACCGCCGUAUCCUGACCUCAUCAGUGCCGGCCUCGCCCACCAACCCAAUGAGGCGACUCAUUCUCUCCCCAUCGCCUCUUGCACAGACGCUCAAUGAAGAACUCAAAAUGAAGCUGGAGAAGAGACGAGCCAGUCAGGAGUGACGUAACUCACAAGGAACAACUUCCUGUCACAGAGUACUCAAUCUUCAGUGCCAGACACCUUCUCACCGCAGCUAUGUACUCAUCCUGUGCCUUCUAGGUGGAAGACGAGGGACUACAAAUGCCGCCACUUUCUUUUAGUGCUUUGUCCACAUGCAUACGGCUGUUUACAAACUGCCUCUGAGCAAAAAAUAGGCCUACAGCAAAUGAUUUUCCUUCAGAAUAUAAUCCACAAAAACACUGAAUCAGUAUAACUGGCAGCUACAACCUGUCGGGGAAGCGCUGACACGUACCGGACAACCAACUGAGCCUGAUGUUUUCCUGUCUGAACCCAUGUCUGUGUGCUGAGCUGCUGAUGUUACUGCUGCGCCUGAGACACUUUAUCCAGGCACACUAGGUUUCAGCUCAGUAAUUCUCCUCGUCCACGUCAUUACAUGUUACAUGACUGAAAAAAAGAACAUUUAAAAAAAAUCGUCUGAAAAGCGAAGCAUGCACAAUCUCUACCUGCGGCUAUCUGUGAUUGAUAAGCAACUAUUAAUUUGUUAUUGAUUCAGUGACACUGCUGUGGUUCAUUUAAAACCCAAUUUAAACUGUAUUGUUGGUGCGUAUUUUAAAGUGUUUCCUUAUAAUCUGCUACUGUGUAUGUGCUACUGUAUGGUGCUAUGACUCACCAGUGCUCAGACCUGCCUGGAGAGUCCAGGUGAUUUCUGUUCCUCUUGAAGAAAAUCGAUCUACUGUAUGUGAGGGGGCCCUCUAGUGGAAUGGCUGUCAACUAAAGGGACAGAGCCCUUACUAUCAACCCAAAGUCUUUGGGUAUUAACACAAGUGCCAGACAUUUGGAAUAGAGCAACCCUUUAUGUUGCAGACUGAACCUGGCAAAGGCUUUUUUAUCACAGUAAUACACCACGCCACCUGUCUUUUCCUUUGGUAACAACAUUAUAAUCUAUUACAGAUCUGAGGGUGUUACAACAAUAACAAUUUUUUUUUUGUUUACAUUUCUGUGAAUUGGCCAGUCCUUGCAGAUUGGAAGUGUCUGAAUACUAGUGGCAAACUGUGAUCAACGGACUCAUAAGUGUCUUCUUACAGUGAACAGUUUCUUGUAUGUUUGUACAAUAUGUGAUGUGUCCACUUGAUCAACAUCAAAGAACAGUAUUUGUUAGAUAUCGAGGGUAUUAAAUUUGUCUUGCAUGGAUCUUAGUCCUUCCUCAGUGUGAAUUGAUAGCUUUUGCUUUCUCAAAAAGGGACCACUUCCUUUUGGAAAGUGGCAGGCCCCUAGGAGCAAGUCUUCAGUUGAAAAGUACAACCUUCCUGUGACAACAGGAGAUUGAGGAAAGUAGAUGAUAAUGUAAUAAAUCAUAAUACAUUUUUUGUUUGUUUGUUUGUUUUAGCAUGGAAGGGACUUUAUUUUUAGUUUUUUAUAUUCUCUCAGUUUAGAUAACCUUCCUUGAUUCUAUACACUUAAAACAUACAUUUAUUUUCAUCAUGUUUA